AUGCUCUUGCCUAUAGCGACUAGAAAUGCGAUUUACGAGCACUUGUUCCAGGAAGGCGUUAUGACUGCCUGUAAGGACGUGAGGCCGCUAUCCAAACACCCACGUCUUGAUAUACGGAACCUUUAUGUAGUCAAGACUCUUAAGUCUUUGCACUCGAGAGGUUUUGUCCUUCACCUCCCGUCCGACAUCAUUCCGGCCACUCUGAAGCCGGCUAUCAAGGACAUUAGGCAAAUGCCUCCUGGCAUAGAGCCUCCUCAACCUCGUGGCCAGGACGGCCUCUUCAUAUCUUCUCUUCAGCUCUGCUUUAUUCGAUGUGCUUCCGGAAGACUCGUCAAUCGUCCGGAACCCGCUUCCCCGGGUGGUUGCACCUGA